ACAGAUUUAAUUCAUCUGAAAAAAUCACGGAACUAAAAAAGUUGCACUACCGUAACUCUAAAUUUAUGUUCAGCCAAUUUACUUCCUCUUUGAUCUGGAGAUGAAAUGAUGUGGCCCAGGUGUUAUCUUCAUGAUCAUUAAUACAACGCACCCUGACACCGCGCGCUAUGGGUUGCCAGCUUGUUGGAGGAUGAUAUAUCUGAACAGGAAGCUAAGAAUGAAGUCCAUUGUAGUCGUCUGUGGACUCGUUAUAGGGAUUUUAAUUUGGCUUAGUAGAGGAUCCAACUCAACAAAAACUGACUUUACAAGGUUGCUGAAUGGAACAGGUUACAAGGAAAUCUACAAUGAAAUCACAGCACUAAAAGAGCGUGUUGGUCAACUUGAGCGACAGAACAAAAUCUACCCUGAUGUGAAAUUUUUAAAUUACAAGGACAGGAAAAGAAUUCUGAUUUCGGGUGGGGCAGGCUUUGUGGGCUCCCACCUGGUGGACCGCUUGAUGCUGGAAGGUCACGAGGUCACGGUGGUGGACAACUUCUUCACCGGGCGGAAGCGCAACGUGGAGCACUGGAUCGGACACGAGAACUUUGAACUGAUGAACCACGACAUUGUGAACCCGCUGUUCAUUGAAGUGGACCAGAUUUAUCACCUGGCAUCCCCAGCCUCACCCCCCAACUACAUGUACAACCCAGUCAAGACCAUCAAGACCAACACGCUGGGCACCAACAAUAUGCUGGGUUUAACAAAGAGAGUGAGAGGACGGCUUCUCAUGGCUUCUACAUCAGAGGUGUAUGGAGAUCCAGAGGUGCACCCCCAGCCGGAGGAGUACUGGGGCAACGUGAACCCGAUUGGACCCAGGGCAUGCUAUGAUGAGGGCAAAAGGGUGUCCGAGACCAUGUGUUAUGCCUACGCAAAACAGGAUGGGGUAGAAGUGAGGGUGGCCCGAAUCUUCAACACGUUCGGUCCCAGAAUGCACAUGAAUGAUGGCCGGGUGGUCAGUAACUUUAUCCUGCAAGCUCUCCAGGGACAGAACAUCACAGUGUAUGGAUCGGGAGAGCAGACUCGAUCAUUCCAGUACGUCUCAGAUCUCGUGGAUGGCCUCAUUAGGCUGAUGAACUCAAAUUACUCACAACCAAUUAACAUAGGAAAUCCAGAGGAGCACACUAUCAUGGAUUUUGCCACCAUCAUCAAGGACCUAGUGGGGGGUUCAAGUAAGAUUGUGAACAAACCAGCUAUGCAGGAUGACCCUAAGAAAAGGAAGCCUGACAUCACGAAAGCCAAGAAGUAUCUACAGUGGUCCCCUCAGGUCCCAAUGAUGGAAGGCAUAAGGAAAACCAUAGACUAUUUUAGAAAUGAAUUGAAGAGGACUCGGCAUAGCCAGAGAAAUAUACAGCUCCCCGACUAAUCACAUCAACUAUACAGACACCAGUUAUCGUAUUUAUUGAGUGCAGAUACUGUCCUGAUCUAACUUACACUGUAUCUACAAAGUAGUAGGUGUAAAUCUGCUGUAUUAUGGUCAGACAUGUAAAUCUGCUGUAUUAUGGUCAUGCAGACAUGUAAAUCUGCUGUAUUAUGGUCAUGCAGACAUGUAAAUCUGCUGUAUUAUGGUCAUGCAGACAUGUAAAUCUGCUGUAUUAUGGUCAGACUCUAUAAGAGUCUAUUUUAGGGGGAGAGUGAAGUUCGGAGAAAAUAAUAAUAUUGCUUUUUUAAAUAUUUUGCAUUUAUUUAAAUAUUUGAUAAUUUUUCAUACUUAGAUAGUAAUAUGCAAGAACUAGCAUGCAAUUAUUAGAGUGAAAGGACUCUGUACAUAUCAUAAUUAUGUCAUUAUCUUGCUCAGUUCAUCUAUUAUAAUGAAAUUGGUAAUCUUUCUCCUUGUAUGGAGAUCAAGGGUAGAAUUUGAAUUUCAUGUAAUAUAUACAUAAUGUACUGUAACAGUUGUUUCCGAUAUCUUCCUUGUGAUGUGUAUAGCCAUUAUUAUAUUGCCCCUGUAAUCGAUGCCAUGGUUCGUGUUAUCUUCCAUGUGAUGUAUAGCCCUUGCUAUGCCCCUGUAAUCAUUGCCUCGCUUCAUGUUAUCAUGUGCCUGGUACUCCUUCAGCCGAUACAUUCCAUUUCCUCCUAUGUUGUUGUUGUCUUUGUUUUUCUUGUUUUAAAAUUCUUUUUGACAAUUUUUAUAAUAUAUUUUUUAAAUUAGAUUGUUUAUUUUAUAAUUUUUUGUAUAAAUAUAAUUUGCAGAAAAGAAAUCAAAAAAGUUAAUAUCUAUAUAGUUUAUUACAUGUACCUGUAAAUUAAUACUGUAAACCAAAUUUUAUUCGCAGCGUUUUUUUUGUGAACUACUGGAGAUGAACUAGGUCGCGGAGGCGCAUUUAAAUUGUGAUCAAACCUCAUUUACACCCGUGUUGUUAUAUAAUCCAUAGAGCAAGGACUCUUUCAUGGCGAGAAAUAUUCGCGACAAUGAGGCUUUCACAAACCUUGUGAGAAUCUCGAGAAGGCGAAUUAAAGUUGGUUUACAGUAAUGCUUUUAGUUUGUUCCUAUUUCUGGGCUAACUCAAUUAAUUGUAUACACAAACCACUGCAGUUAUGAGACUAUAUAUUUUUAUAAGAAAAUAAUGAUUCAAUGCUAAAUUAAAUCUACCUUUUGGGAUGCCAUGUCCAUACAAAGUAUAAUUAGAGGGCGUGUGGAGGACCCUCAAGUGAAACCUGUUUCAAUAUGAUUGGUGGCUUCCAUAUGCUUACAACUUAUCUAUGCCAGGCUAAAUAGAAAAUAGUGUAUGUUUGUCUUCAGCAAUUUACAUGUAUAUGUAUAUAUGUAUUGUUAUUGUAUGCAAGAAUACUCCAAUGUUGAACUUUUUUCCAAAAUAGAAAUUUUUUAGUCGGAUGCCAAUGUUAUAUAACUGCUUGCUUGAUUAACAUAUUAGCCUGUUCUGUAUUGCAUCACAAUUACUACGGUACAUUAAGUUGUGAUUUUCUUGCCAUCAUGUCCGUGUUGUAUAUCAAUUUCCAAAAUACCGGUUUUAUUUAUUAUAUAACAGUUACUGUAUCUAUUUUGCUUAUUGUGUAUGCAGCUACAUGUAUUUUACAAAUUAUUUUUGCCAUGUAAAAUAAUUUUCGAUUUGGAAAUAAAUAAAUUUUAAAAGAAUAUAA